AUGUUCACAAGCAAUAAGAGUAUUGCCCUGCUCCUCGCUGUAGCGGCUGUCUUUACUGGCUCAGCCGCAAAGGACGAAGCUGCUAAAUUUGGCGGAUUACUAGGUAUGGGCGGCAUGGGAGGUGGAAUGGGCGGCAUGGGAGGCAGACUUCCUGGCAUGGGUGGCAUGGGCGGUAUCGGCGGUGGUAAACCUUCUGUCAUAGGCGACAUGGGAGGUAUGGGAGGUAUGGGCAGUGCUAAAACUCCCGGCAUGGGCGGCGGCAGUUUGUUUAAUUUCCUGGCGCAGGUGGCGGCGCUGGAGGCGGCGGUAAUUCUGGUGCAGGCGGCGGCAAGUCGGCAUUUGGAACGGGCGGUGGAAUGGGCGGUACAAGCAGUAUGUACCCCGGCACAGGAGGUGCAGGACCUAGCUACACGAUGCCCGCUUGUAACACCGGCGGGGCAGGGCUAG